AUGCAACAAUCACUGCUUCCACUAUUAUUAUUAACCAUCAUAGCCGUAUGUUCAACAAAUGAACUACCCUUUUCGACUCGACUUGAACUUGAAAAGAUUUUCGAAGAGCAAGACAACGAUAACACUGAUAAGUUAGAAAAUAUUGAAGCAAUAAUGUUCAAACAACAAUCAACCAAACCUAUUAAAUCCAAAAUAUACGAAGAAGAAAAGGAUCUGGAUAAUCUAAAGGAAUACAACGAUUACCGUAAAGACCUUGACCCGCGAUAUUCCGAAAGCAUAGACCAGUUUCGUACGCGCAAAAAUGAAGGACGUCACAGACCGAAGGAAAUCAUAAAAAGAGAUACUACAAGAGAUGCUAUUAAAAAGAUUAAAUUGAUCGAAGAUUCAUUAAAAAAUUAUGAUGAGGUCGUGACAAUUAGCCCGUUGCUAAUUCUCAAAAUUCGCUUAUCCUAUUUGACGGAUAAUAUAGAGAACAUGAAGCCAACAAUGUACCAUUACUCUAUCCCAGUACCCUUAGAUAUCAAGACACAAACGAAAGAAGGCGAAUUAAACAAAAUUCUUCAAGAUGAAAUAAGUUAUUUAAACGAUGUUAAGAGUGACGAGGAUGAUGAUGAUGAGAUUGAAGAAGAGUCAAAAUCCAACAAAAAUAAAAAAGUUGUGAAAAAGAGAAUCUUUUCACUAUGGAGCAGAUUGCAAGGGCUUCACAGGGGCCACGAAUUGCACCACCGACGGCAUCUUCACGCCUUUUACGGUCUUCCUGAUGAUGGUGGUGGUGGUGGUGGUGAUAGUACUCUCACAGCUGAAACUCGAGCAACCUUCCUGCGACCACCCGGUUCACCUUUGAGAUGGGGCUGA